AUGGCCACUAUGGUUGUGGUCUGUAGUGGUCUAGGGUGGAAGAAGUUGACAUACCUGUUAACAGCAACUGUUUACCUUGCACAUCCUAGAACUCACAUGGUGCCAUGGAGAAUAUGUUAUAAAUAUAAGCAGGUAACCAGCAAUAAGAACCUGCCCAUUCCAAUGGAAAAUCCUUAUAAGGAGCCUCUUAAGAAAUAUAUCUUGUGUGGAAAGUAUGUAAAUUAUAAGAAUAAUGUACUGCUUUUGUCCCAUUUUAUUUCUCCAUUUACUGGAUGCAUUCAUGGAAGGCACAUAACAGGUCUUUGUGGGAAGAAACAGAAAGAAAUCACAAAAGCAAUUAAGAGAACCCAAAUAAUGGGGUUUAUGCCAGUUACAUACAAGGUCUGCAUAUCUCAAAGACCCCAAAGUUUGUAA